AUGUCUACCGACACAGCUCAAACCACCACCAACAACGGCGAAAUGUACACACGCAACAGACGAGGAUCAAUCACUCAGGCCGCCCUGACCAAUCUGUUCCAGCGAGGGAACUCGGUCCCCAAUGGCAGCGGUUUUCCCGGCCAAGCCUCUGGCCCAGUCGAUACUGGCCGCCGACGCCUCUCAGUCACCACCCUUGGCCUCUCGGGCACCUCGCCCACCAACACUACGUCCUUCAUCCGACGGGGCAGCAUGUCGACCAACUCGAACAAUUCCGACUCGAUUGACGAGAACGCCAUUGAAGACGACGAUGCGUUCUUUGGGUCCGCUAAGACCGCGCCCACUACGCCUUUCGUCCGACGAAUGAGCUUCGGCACUUCCAACAUGCGCAAUAUUCGCCCCAACAACAGUCCCGGAAAUGGUAAUAGCCCAUCCUCUCCUCCCUCCUCUCAGAAUGGGCGAACGGCCCAUGGUGGACGAAGGGCGUCGCUUGCGGCUUCACCUGCGCAGGGGUCGAGCAUCUCGGCCGCUCUGUCGUCGGCACGCCGUCCAAGCAUCGCCUCUUCUCUCCCACAGGCAAGCAACACCAAGUAUCCAAGAGCCCCAUCUGACAGUUAUUCGCGCCCAGACCAGCAAGGUUUCAACUGGUCCGAGCAGCUUAGGUCUCGCGCCGAGAGCUCCGUCACCGGUGCUCGUCCUUCCUUCUCGCUCGCGUCAACCUCUCCACCCCGCGGCAACUCGAUCCACGAUCGGGCAAAGUCCGUCUCCGAGAUGCCCCAGCCCCCGGUCCAAGCUGCUUCCGUCAAGCAUCAGCCAAAGCAGCCUGAGCGGCCCAAGCCGGAUGCCUUCCAGGAGAGAAUCCUGAAGGGAGACUUUUACAUGGACUGA